AACCGUACAUGUGUCUUCACCAUUCGUCUCUUCUGAGCAAACUGCUGUUUGGACUAGGAAACGGGAAACAUCGUUUGCAAAAAUGGAAACACACAGGAAAGAUGAACUUUUUGUAAAUGUAGAAAAGGAACAAGAGAGAUUGCUAUCAGAGAUAGAAGUUACUCCUGUGACAGAGAGUGAAGAAGGAGAAAACAAUGUUAGUAUGCAAGAAUCUAUACCAAGAAGUGCAUGUACUGUAGAAGACAGCUCUGCAGUCAUGGAAGAUCUGGAAGUUGAUGCCACUGGUACUUCAGAAUCAAGUCGCAUUGUUAAACAGAGUGAACAACUUGCAGAAAGAGAGCCUCCUCAUUGUGUGGAUGGUAUUUCUUGUUCAGUCAUAUCAGAUUAUGAUUCUGAUAAUGAAAAUCAAAAUAAUACUGUGAAUGAAUCAACUUCCAAAGUAGCAGAAGAUUUGAGAGAUCAGAUUCAAGUCAAAGAGAAUGAUGAAAACCUGUGCACUCAAAAUCGUCAUGACGAUGAUAUGGAGUGUCAGGACUUGAAGGAGAUGGUCUCCUCACAGGGAGAUAACAGGACUACAGAAACACCCAUUGAUUACCAUCAAUAUGAUAAAGAUGGUGCAUGUGUGGCAUUUGAAGCUUCAAUUUUGUUGCCCCCUGUUUCUGACAAGAUAGAAGAAAGUAAAAUGGUGGAUAGUAUGCAUUCAAACACACUUGGAAUCACUGAUGAAGGCUGCAGUGCUGGCAUGAGUAGUUCUAAAAACUUGAACACUUUUGGACAAGAUAUAGAUUGCAGUCAGUACAAAAUAAAGAAAGAUGGGCCCCAAAAAGAACAGACAAUUGAUGACGCACUGAAAAUGUUGAAUAAAUCUGAAGAAGUGAAGGGAGAAAUAGAGGCAUCUGAUGAUAUUUUUGAAGAUGUUGAAACUGGUGACACAGAAAUUGAGAGCAACGAUAAGAAAUAUAACCAAGAAGGCAGUGAAUCACCUGAUAAAGAUAGCAAAUCGGGAGAAAACAUCCAUGUACUUGCUACAGAUGAAACUUUUGAGAGAGGGAGUGUGAGUGAAACCAAUCAGGUGUUUGCUGAAGAUGAUGUAAUUUUUCAUCAUGAUGCUACUUCAAACUUGACUAAUGCUAACAUGUCAGAGGAAAGCAAGAUCCCAUCCAAGACAAGCACAGCGGAGAAACGUAGCAAGGCCUCAUAUAAAGGAUUCAGCUUGGGUAACAUUGUAUCAAGACUCAAAAUACAAGUGGAAUCGAAACAAGAGGAAGUUGAUAUCAGUGAAACGAAGAAAGAUGCGGGGGAUGCUAUUCCAGAAAAGACUCAAUCAAAGCGAAGUGAACAGAAACAGCAGGGUAAACAGAUGAGAGCAGCAGCCCAUGCAGCCAUGAUGAUGUGUAAAGAUAGUGACUAUGAUGAACAGGAGACUCGUAAAGAGGAUGCCACGCAACAAACUGAAGGUCAAUCAAAGGACAUAACGACAUAUGCUAGCAACACAAUGGAUGAACUGCUAGGAUUGUACGGAUAUGAUCAACUGGAGAAGGAUGAGUGUGAUGGUCUUCAAUGUAGCAGCAGCCUGUCAAAGAGCAAGAUACCAAUCACAGGCAGUGUCACCAGUCUGAAACAAAGCCAAAAACUAGGCCAAACUCAAAAAGCGUCUCAAGAAGAUACUGGCUUGGUAAUUUCAAAUGUUACAUCUAUGGCCCCUGCUCAAGACACUGCAGAAGAUCCUUUAAAGGUGGUUUCUAAAAAGAAGAUCAACUACUGUGCUGAGUGCAGUCAUGCUGUAGACGAUACAGCCCUGUUAGUUGCUUCAGAUCACAGCUUUUGUUCUCAAGCUUGUCUUGACAAUUACCAGGGACGACAGACACUUGUAUGUGACUACUGUUGUGGCAUGAUUACACAAGCAGCAACACAAAAGUUUGUCAGGGAGACACAAGAAGGACAAAAGAAGUUCUGCUCUCAACCAUGCUCUGAGGAGUUUUCCAAGAGAGUAAGGAACUGUAGCACUUGUGGCAAAGAGAUCUCCAAAGCUUCUGAGGGUAUUCUGGCUCCAGUUGGCUCAGGGGGCAAGUUUGUUGACUUUUGUCAACAAGAGUGUGUUGACAACUAUGGAAAGAAGCCAUCAGUAACUCAACAAGACUGUGGUAAACAGGACGGUGGUCAGCCUCGAUACUGGGCUCAAGACACAUACUUUGUGUGUGCUGUCUGCAAAAAUUAUGCCAAGGCCAAGCAUGUGAUCAGUCUUCAAGGCAAACUGAACGGCUUGUGUUCUACCGACUGUUUCACACAAUUCAAAGAAAAGAACCAGUUAGCAUUUUCACUGUGUAGCCAGUGCAGUGCUUUAUGCUCUAAUCAAAAGAUGAUGAGAAGCAUUGAAAUAGAGGGCAAAGUACAUCGCUUCUGUAGUAUGAGAUGCUUCAAGAUGAAACUCAAACGUUCCAUGAGCACCAUAGCAUGUGCUGCCUGCAAGAAGCCUAACUGGGCCCAGAGCAUGAUAGAGGAAUGGAAUGGCACAGAACUUGUGCGAUUCUUUUGUUCUACAGCAUGUCUUGGCAAAAGAGAAACCAUACCCUUCACAUCUACUCAAAAUGUGACUGUGCCAACAAAUAAGACCUCAAUACCACCACUUGGGAAGAGUCAGCCUUCAUCCCUGAAGCAGCAGAAGCCUCAGCAAUCACAGCAGACCUCCCAAGGUAGUGGAGCACGUCUGACUUCAGCAGGUGGAAACAAAUGUGACCAUUGCUCCAAGCAGCAGCGCCCUCAAUAUCAUCUGACUAUGUCAGAUAAUAGCAUUCGCAACUUCUGUUCCUAUGGAUGUGUGAUUGCUUUCCAAGCCCAGUUUAAUGUACCUCCAGUUACUCUUCCUCAAGAGACUUUACAGCUAACAUGUAGCCAAUGCCAUCAAGGUUUCUCCAACAAACCACUGCCUUUAGAGUUCAAAGGUGCUGUCAAUGUUUUCUGUGCACAGAAUUGCAUGGAUGAAUUUAAGAGGGUUAACUCUGUUGUUGUGGAAUGUGAUUAUUGUCAUCUAGAGAAGAUUCUCCAUGAGCGUAUUUACUUCUCAGGCGAGGCACAUAGCUUUUGCAGUGAAGGGUGCAAGCUACUAUUCAAACAGCAGUUUGCACAGCGAUUAGGUCUCCGCUGCACUGUUUGUGAUUACUGCGCACAGACCUGCCGUAGUCGAGUGGAGCGUAUGUAUGGUAACCAUAAGAAGAAAUUCUGCAGUAUGGCCUGCAAAUCACAGUACGACAAAUGGCUGAGCAAAGGAGCCAAGUGUGAUGGUUGUAAGUGCACUGGACGAAAGCUUGAAGAGAGCUUCAUAUGGCGCGGUGAAAUGAAGAGAGUGUGUAACCAGCACUGCCUCCUGUUGUUCUAUGCACAACAAAAUAUUCCAAAUAUGAACACCCAGACACAGUCAACGAUACCAGCAAUUCAACUUUCUCAAGUUGCACCAAAAACCACCACACCUGUCAUUACCAAUGUUGUUUCACUAGCUCCCGGACAACAGCAGACAAGUGGCUCCCCAAACAACAUUCAGUAUCAACCAAAAUGUGCUACCCAAAAUAUAGUGGCUAAAAAAUGUCAUAAACAAACACAGAUAACCACUGCAGCCCCCAAAGCACAUCGUCCUCCGCCCCCUCCUGUACCUGUGCCUCCUGCUCCUACCAUGGUGAAAAACAAGGUUACCCUUGUCAAACCAUUCACUCAAACUAAAUCUGUGUCCUGCAGGCCUCUCACAUCUUCUAAGGCAACCAUGACCGAUGAUCAGCAGCCACUUAUAAUACCAGUUCCUGUACCCAUCUUUGUGCCUGUACCAAUGCGCCUUUAUACAACUCCUGUGCCACACCCUGUGAGUUUGCCUGUGCCCAUACCUGUUCCAAUGUUCAUACCUGUUGCCUAUAACAAUGCUGACCGUCUGCUGGCAUCAAUCCAAGAGAUCAGUGAGAGGAUCCCAUCAGAUCCACUAGAAGCAGAGAUGCUCAUGUUGGCAGAUGCCAUUGCAGGAGAUGAAGGAAGCAAAGGCAGUCAAGACUCCAAAGUGGAUGGACAGCUGGAGAUGAACAACCUGCAAACAUUAGCUGAAGGUGAUGAUUUUGGUGGUCUUGGAUUGGAGAAUGCAGAAGAUACUGAACCAUCUCACUUCCUAGCUGACAGUAUUCUUAAGAUGGCUGCUGAUAUUGCUGAGGUUCUAGAAGACGAUGGAAGCACUGAACUACAAGAUGAUCUGAAUUCACUUCAACCUGUAGAGGAACCAAGAAUUGAUGUAUCAGUGCGAACUACUCGUUCCAAAUCAAGUAAAACAUCAGGUAGACGUGGACGCAGCCGUGGAAACAAGCGUGCUUGUGUUGAAGGGUCUUUAAAUCAAGAUCCAGAAGAACCCCCACCACAAGUGAGACGUAGCAAAGAUGAAUCUCGUAAUACUAUUGGAGUUAAUGCAUAUCGUUACUUUGUGUUCAAGAAGAAACAAAAUGUAACAGGGAAGGACUUGAAGAGCUUCACAUGGAAUCCCAACCUGUUGGAAGUUAGUACUGAAGAACUUGGAUACAUUCUGUGUUUGAUGUGUAAAGAAGGAACACAGCCCAAUGGAAACAAAUAUUCUGCAGAUGUUCUACAUCUCAUCUUCCUGUCAAUACAGCAACAUCUCUCUGAUAAUGGCCGCCCUGAAAAUGUCUUUACUGAUCAAUUUUACCGUCGGUUUACUGAUCUUUUACAUGAUGAGAUCAAAGAAUGGAUGAUUGAUCGGGAUCCUAUCACUGAUUUCAUCUUGAAUACAUGCAUUAAUGAGGAGACAUUGUGGAGUGCUAAACAGCUUGGAGCUCAUUCCCCUUAUAUCCUUCUGAGCACAAUGAUCUACUUUAAUACCAAGCAUUUCCAGCUCAAGACUCUCGCCACUCAUAAGGCAUUGGCAUUCUGUCGUAUCCAGAAACAUGUCCGUAAAGUGGGUACAACUCGAUCAUUGUUCCUGAGAUACUAUCCUGCAGACCGGAAAAAAGCAGUGAUAGAACUUGCUGGAAAGAGGAAACGGGAUCGUGAUUCCGAGAUGGAACCUUCUCGACUGGAGCAGUCAGAGAAUACAGAAAAUCCUUUGCGUUGCCCAGUUAGGCUAUAUGAAUUCUACUUGUCAAAAUGCCCUGACUCAGUGAAGAGCCACAGUGAAUUAUUCUACCUUGUACCAGAACGCUCUUGUGUUCCAGACAGUCCAGUGUGGUACUCGAGUGCACCUCUGGCAGAUCAUGACAUGUCCAAGAUACUAACUCGCAUGUUGAUGGUGAUGGAUAUAUACGAGUCAUGGGCCGAAAUUAAUAAGGAUGAAGAUUACUAAGAUGUGCAUUCUCAAUAUGAGAGUCUCCUGACAUGCCUGACUGACAUCAUACAAUAAGGAGCAGCUGGAACGACUACAUGGGGUGUUGAUGUACAUAUGCUGUGCUACAAUAACAGUUUUCAAUGGUUAUUGGCACUGUAGUUUAGAUCUUUCUCCACGAAUAAUUGAGUUGCACUCAUUGAAUAUGUUCUGCAAAAGAGUAACUGCAUAAGUCAAAGUUGAGAAUCAAGCAGAUUGCUUGCAUCUUUGGUAUAGUGUUCUGCAGUGUUUGCUUAUAUAUUCUUGAGUGGAGCUUGUCGGCAUUAAGUACAUACUGUGCUCCUUUGCUCCUCAAAAAGGAGGGGAAAACCUCUUCUGUAAAAUUUUCUAAUUCCAAUCGCAGUUUUGUAAUUUCAUCUGUUCUUUACUUUUUGUCUUCCCUUUUCAAAACUUUUUUCAGAGUAGCUUUCGUUUGAAUGGUACAAUGUUAAACUUGGUAUUAACAUCAAUCCUGAUACCAAGUUGUGCAUAGUACUCUGACAUUAUGAUGCCAUCGUCCAGGACAAAAUUUGUGUUCCAAAACGAAAUUUUUUUUUAAUUCUGGUGUAUCUCCUGAACUAAAAAUGAGAUGCCUUGUACUUGUUUGUGAUCUUGUGGUUCCAACCCCCAUUUUUGUUUCCUGAAAAAGUUGAAAGAACUGUUUGGGGGUUAUGUAUACCUGCAAUGCAAUGAUAAAUGAAUUUAACUUAAAAAUGAAACAUUUUCUAAAGUGCUAGGCACUACAAACUGAUAAAAUCAGCCUCUAAAAGGUUAUACCUUAGCAGAACAUCAAUAAAAGUUUUAUUUAUUUUUUGUAAACAAUAAUUAGUAUGCCCUAAUUUCAUCACGGGACUACAAAUAUCUUGUUGGAUGGGAACAAAUUGAUUUAUGCAAUUUCAAAACGUCAACCCAAAACUUCUUGUAAGGAGGAUUUUGAGGUGAGGGGCCUUGGAUUAGUGCGCAUCAGAGAUUUUUUAUUAGCUGCACCAACCGAAGCAGCUUUUGUUAAAUUUUUUUUUUUCUUUUUCCACUUUUUCCCCAUAGACAUUAAAAUUCACUUCAAACCAGGUACAGUUAGACUAUCAUCUGGAGAUGUGUGCCGAAUCAUGACAUCUCAGGACGUCGUCACAUGAUAGAAUUUCUAUCACAUGAUAGAAUUUUGAAUAUUAAUUUUUUCCCCAUUGACUUUGUACACAGAUUUUCGAAGCCUUUUAUGACACAAAGCAAAGCCUAAGCCACCCAAAAUGUACUAGCAAAAAAAGGCAUGAUGUCAUCAGGUGUUAAAAUACAUGCACUUAAAUUUCAUUCAUGUUAAAAUCACAUAAAAAUCAACCUUGACUUCCCGCAGCUCACUUUUUGCACUAAGUUAUCAAAGUAAUUUUCCAUCUGCAUUUCUUCUUCUGGUCCAAACCGGAAGUGCUUCAUUUAAAAUUGGUCACAGAUAUAAACUUACUUUUAACUGUGUUAGUCUCCGACAAUGUUAUUCUUCAAAACAUGUUUCGAUGACAUCAUGCAAAAUUUUAGUCCCAUCUGGUAAAAAAUUUCAAAAAAUGUAUUUGAAUAGAUGUCUGUGGCAAAGUUGGCUAGAAUCCCUUGAAAAUUGGUAGAUACAUUGACCUUUAUGCCUGCAACAUUUGUGCCAAAAAUUGGGUUGAUGAUAUUAUCACCUGAAUCACCAUCAUCAUUGAAAAUCGCAAAAAAAUCAAUCCAAACAGUCUGAAGUUGCCCAUCAAAAAUAGAGUAAAUAUCCACAUCCAUUAAUGGUCUAAGGUAUUUUGCUUGUCACACUGUUCAUAUCGGCCAUGCACUGAUAAUGAAAAAACCGUUAGCUGCUAAUGACAGCAACUCGACCAAUGGGGGUAAGAGCAGUAAGCUGUGAGAUCAAUAUACUUUGUACAUGUAAUGCAUAUAAUGAAGCCACACUGUUUCGGGGCUUUGUAUAUCAGCAUCGUCGCUGAUCUUGAUGUACCGCCAAACAUGUAGCUGUGAAAACUUUUAAAUUACGGACUUUAUGACUGCUGUUUGAUUCCCACCCUUUCCAAUUUCAAAUUUUUCCAACCAAAAGAAUUCCCCAACACAGCUCAGUGUUUGUUGGUAGACAAACACAAUGUUCGUCUUAUUUUUACAACUGUUCUAAACAGUGAUGCAGUGUAACAUUUGAUAUUUGUGUAGACAAUUUCAUUUGCUGUUCAAUUUUUUAAACAGCCAGAUCUCAGCACUUACUUACUCCUGCAACAGAUUCAAAUUUAGUGUGUGCAUUUAGAGGUACAAGAUAUUAGUUUAGACAAACAGAAAAUUGUUGGAAGAUGUUGGCAAAACACAGAUGUGUGUGCUAAGCUACCCCAGCACAUGUUGAACAUGUCUUCUGAACAGUGCAGUGAUAGGUUUCAUGCACACAUGCAUUUUUAAAACUAUGUAUGAAGAUAAGUGACUGAUACAGUGCGCAUGCCUAACAUGUGAACAUAGUGCUUGGUCAUGUGAGCUACAUGUAAAAAUAUUGUGAGGUUUAAAUUGAAAAUUUGAGUGACUUUCCAAAUUUGUGUUCUUAAGAUGUAGUAUAAAAAUUACACAUGUACGCAUAAUUAUCGAGCUUUGUAUUGUAAAAGUAGGGCUUGUGGUAUUUACUAAAAGCACAGUAUUUUGGUUAAAGAUCACAUUGUCACAAUAAAUAGGAUGCUUGUAGUUUUAGUCCAUACAGUAACCUUAUGCACUCAUUGUUUUUGUCCAUGAUAUAGACAUACAUGUAUGUAGGUAAUCUGAUUGUGACAAAGUUAAACACGAUAUCUAAAUGAUUUGUGGGUCUGUCACAUGUACUGAAUUAUUCAUUCCAAUGCCGAGCAUGGCCACAUCACAAAAACCUAUUGUUUCUAAUUCCAUAGUAAAGAGAAGUUGUAAUCCAUGGAUACCAAAAUUUGUUAACUCAUGUGAUGCAGCUAUUUAUUUGAUGGAGGGCAGGGACUUGGGAUUUAUUCAGGAGAUGAAGGGAUAUUUCAGGAUUUAUUCAGCAAUUUAUAAAAAAACUUUUACAUUUGCGCUGUUGAACGAUUUUAUUCACUUACAGAUGACAGGUCCAGUCACUCACUUUGUAAAAUUUUUCUUAGCACUGCACUCAAAAUCACUGUGUAUAGUAGAUUAUCUUACAUGUACUUGCUAUUUAAUCAUGGCAUAUUGCAUAGAACUAUUAUUUGAUGAAUAUUAUGGCAGGUCUUGACCCACUAGACCAGCAUACAAAUUCUACAAAAAACUGCUGCAGGCUAGUAAAACACAUUCUUUAACUUACAUGGUGGGCUAGUAAACAAUUACCUGCCCAUUUGAAAUCGUUGUCACAUUUGUAAAGAGGAAUAAAACAAACCUAAAACUGAU